GUGACAUUAUUUGUCUUUUGCAUAAACAUAGUAAAUAUCACACGGUGCAAAAAAUGGUUACAAUGUGUAUAAUGCCGCGAAAGUAUCUAAUUUUAUCACUACAACGAGUGUAUAAUUCAAUGAGCGUCGAUUUGUGUCAUACAAUUUUAAUAUUUUUUAUUUCUUCAUAACAAUGGUUCAAUUUAACUGUUUAAUCCAGAACCAGUUUAUUUUACUGUUAUUGGGAUAAAGUAUAGUUUGCUUUUACAAGGAUGACUUCCAUGGAAGAAAGCGAGAGUCCGCCGGAAGAAGUGCCGCCGGGAAACCCUGAAGAACUUUCUAAAAAUCCAACGGCUUUGAAAGAAGCCCAUGAGCUGAUGUCUACGUUGGAUGUACUGGUAUGUGGCCAGUGUCAUGCCGCAUUCCACUUUGUUGAUGAGUUCAAAGAGCAUAAAGAUGCUAACAACUGCAGUGGAAAAUCACCUGUAAGAGAUAGCAAUGAAAGCAAGGCUCAGGUGUGGGCAUUUCUUCUGUGGAAAUGUUCAUCAACGCGAGAGGGCACCACAGCAAAUUCGGAUAACAGCUGGAAACUGUACCAGCAGUGGUGCCGCAUGCCUGAGGCCCAACGCAAUGCCUGGAUCACAGCUGGCUCAAAUGUACAGGCACUUUCCAAAUAUGCACAUGCUAAAGUAAUGGAGGUGAAGACUGAAGAUCAAUUGGUACCGGUGCAAAAUCCACCCCAACAGGAAGUUAGGAAACGAGGCAGACCUAGGAAGAUACCUAAAGUGGAGGAUUCAGAAACGCAACCAUCGGCUGGGGAGGAUAGUGACGGUUUAUUUAAAGCUAGCACAGGACUAAAAGGUGUCCUUAAUAAAGUACCGAUGACACAAAAUAUAAAACCAAAGCAGGAGCCGAACGAGUCGGUGCGCAACGCGCAGGAGCGCGUGCCGCCCGAGGAGCGCAUCGCGCGCCGCACCGAGCGGCAGGGAGACCCCACCGAGGCCGGCGAGUACGUCGUCGAGAAGAUUCUCGCCAAGCGGUUCAACCCACGCCGCAAGCAGUACGAGUAUCUACUCAAGUGGGAGGGAUAUCCGCAUGAACAAAACACGUGGGAACCUAUAGAGAACAUGGAAACAUGCAAACACUUAUUGGAGGCAUUUGAGAAACAGUUAGCACGACAGAAGGAACUGAAGGCCCUUAGAGCGCAGCAACAACAGCAACAGCAUCCUGUGCAGGUGAAACAAAUCAGCACACCUUUGCCACAGGUCGUGAAACAAGUAGUCAAGAAAUCUGAUAGCCCCGCCAUGACGCCCACAGGGCGUCUACAACGCACUAGUAAAGUACGUGCGUUAGAUCAAGUGAAGGCGUGGUGCGGCGGCGAGGACGGCGAGUCGGUCCCCAAAAAGGUCAAGAAGGAAAUGUCCAGUGAAGAUGAAGAAUUCUCAGACUCUGACUCUAAAGCCGAGAAAAAAAUGCUGAAUGGUCAAUCUUCACCAAAGUCUACUCUCGACCCUGAGCUUGUGAAAUCACUCGGCCUCGGCGGAAAAGGCAUGCCGAACAUAAAGGGAGUCAUCAAAGUUGACCCUAAACAUAUGCCCAACCUUACCACAGGUGUGUACAUAAUGUCAAAGAGUUCAGGAAUUAUGAAGAUCGACGCGCCAGGAAAGUUGGGCCCAGGGCUAAGUCUCGACCAGGAUAUCAUAAGAAAACAGAUUAUGGCUGCGAAACAGAAAAAAGUGGAGGAAACAAAGAAAUCGACGACUUCCCCGCGCACCCCCAUGCCGUCAACACAAGUAAAGAAAACAUAUAAUUCUGGAGGACAGCAAGUAACAGAAAAAACAAUCAUCACUCCCUCUGGACAAAAAAUAAUUCAGCGUACGAUACAGCGGCCAUCCAGUAUGGGCUCAGAUGGAAAAUCACCAGUCACCAUACUUAACAAGAAAUUAGCACAGGGCGAUAGUUUGCUGCGUCGCGGUGGGUCUGCGCGCGGUCGUGGUCGGGGCGCGUACGCCAUAUCGACAGCGGGCGGUAACAUCGUGCGCAUCAGAGACAAGACACCCCAACCCAUACCAUUUGACUUUGAUCAGUCGGACGCGUCGUCAGAUACGUCUGAUGGCAUCGAAGACCCAUUCCCGCGCGACCUGGGCCCACUGCCGGCCGACAGCCCCGAGCGGGAGCUGACUCUGUGCCCGCUGACAGGGCGGCGCCUGGCGCGUGCCGAGGGCGAGCCCACGCCACCGCCCACGCCCAGCCCCCCUCCCGAGCCCGCGCACCCCACCACACCGCCGCCGCACCAGCCCACUGUGGUCAUGAAGGUCGAAAUGUCUCCUGGUGGAACGACUGGCAUGUUAGUACAGGGCGACGGUGCACAGCCGUCACUUCCUGUGCUUACAGACGAAGACGGCACGGAGGUGAAAGUAGAGGCGAGCGCAGUGAAACAACUCCUCGAAGAAGGCGUGGGUGUUGACGAGGGUGAUGAGGUCAGCUUGCUGCACACGGGCCACCCGCCCAUCAUGAUACGAGGGGAAGAUGGGGUUCUAUAUCAGGUGGCUGGUGAGAAUGAAGCUGGACAGACACUCCUUGUGGCUGCAGAGGGAGUUGAGGGCGCUGUCGAGGGAGUGGAGGGCGCCGUGGAAGGCGAGGGAGACGUCAUGUACGUUACAAGAGAAGAUGGACAGGACGUGCUGUCGUUAGACCCAUCGCAGCUGGCACAGCUGAUGCCGGGCGGCGAAGCGGCGCCGGCGCUGCAGCAGGUAGCCGUGCAGGUGGAGGGUGAGCCAGGCGAGGACGCCACGCAAGUCAUCGCGCAGCUGUUGCAGGCCGACCUGCCUUCACCUGGUGGUACCCGCCGCGUGGUCCUGUUGCUCCCGGAUGGGACGCUCACAAUGACAGAGCUUGAUAAGGAACAGUAUGAGUCGAUAACAGAAGCAAGUAAAGCCCAAGAAUAAAGACAUCUGAAUAGACAGUGACAAUGUAAUACCACUUACCGGCAGUGUGUUCGCCGGAUCACAAUACAAUUGUACGCCAAUAAAAUAUAUGGAGAUAUUUCACAAUGGUGAAAUAGGUCGUACGAGACAGCCAAUCUUGUUGGGCAACAUUCUUAAGCCGAGUUUAAUAACUGAUAAGGAUCACAUCUGAAUCCUAUUACAAGAAUAAACAAUCAAGAUAAGUCAUUUAUAAGCAUGUCAACAAAACUUUAUUCUCAUUAGUCCAUUUUUGUGAUCAGGUUGGAUCGCGAAAAAUUAGGAUUGCAUGUUAAAGGCAAGGGUUAGUCGUGAAACAACAACUAGGUCAUAAAUAAAAGGCCUAAUUAUAUAGGAAAUUACAAACUUAGAUGGUAAUGUGUAGUAAAGUUCACCGAAAAGCUAGCUGAAUUGAGUAAGUUAACAAAAACAAUAUAUUUGAGUCGAAUUUGAUAAUUUCCUUAAUUAGGAUAGCUGAUACAUUUUUUGCGAAAGACUUUUAUGCAAAUCUGGCAUUGUAUAUUGUCAGAAGUUUGUAGUUAAAUCAUGUGACAAGGAUGUUGUAUAUGCAAGUUCCUAUAAAGAACAGCGACACGGCAUAUUAUUCCCGUAUUCUGUAUUUUAGAAAUUACAUGUCUUCAUCAUUAGCUUAAGUUUCCUCAAGAAGUUCUCCGGUAGGAAACACAAAUCCAGAUUCAAAGGAAUGUUUCAAUUUAAAACAUGCUGUAUGAAAGUGUUUAAUGAAUGUUAUGUAAAUAAGUAUGUAUAUGAGACUGUUGAUACAUUGUACAAGUGGUGUAGUACUCCUCAAUCUAUGUGCGCGUGCGCAUAAAGCGCGACCCGACAGCUACUGUUUUCAGAGAUCUAAUAAAGAAAAGAGGGGUAACUAUAGUGCGUGUGAUCCUACUAUCGUCAAAGCAGACAAAAAGAUUGAGAGACAAUUAUACACAUAAUAAAACUAGGUUUAUUGUAUGUUUAUGGAAUACGUAAAAAAAAUACUUUGAUGUAUAAAAAAUAUAUUUUAUCAAUGUAUAAUAUGACUGACUGAAAUCAUUUGGCUAAUUACAGAAAUGAAUAAAUGUUCCACAUAAUAAUUAUAAAUAAAAAUUCACUUCUUUUAUUACAAUUGUUGUAGUGUAUUGACUACUAUGUACAUUUGAAUACAAAUACUGUGAAAAUAACGAUCAAGCGGCUUUUAUGACAUAUACAUACUAUUUUUGAGUCUGCAGUUUUAGGUAAUCAUAUUAACAAAAUAACUUGACUAUUCAUUAGAGAGAAUAUGAUAUCAUAAAUACAAUUGUACCAAUUUAUAGACUUUCGAUAAAUAAUAAAUUCUCUUGUAAACGCUAUAACGCUCAAGUGGAUAAAUGGGCCAACAAAUUAAACUCAUUUGUUGUAUUCAAUAUGUUCUUGUUUCCAAUUCCUUAGGAAAAAAAAUGUUGUACUAUGCUAAUCCUUAAUUUAUUCCUCCAAUAUGAUCUGUACUAUUUUAGAAAAAAUAUUUCAUAUCUGCUCUUACAUCUAAUAGUUACACACACAAUAGUGUCCCAUUGUAAAUAGAUUUCCUGACUUUAGUACUUUAGAACAUUUUACAUAGACUGUAUUCUAAAUACUUAGAUAUUAUAGGACUAGGUUGGAUUUGUACUAAUAUUGCGGUUGAACGUUGAAUCAUUAUUAAAAAAUGAAUUUGAAUGAAUACUAUAUGAUAUUUAUGGACUCCAAAUGAGUAUAUAAAAAAACCAUCAACUGCAUUGUUAGCACGGAUUCAUAAUUUAUUAGCUUAUAAUUAUCAAUUUUAUUUGUUUCUUCAAUUUAGUAAAAUAAUAAAAUUAUUUACAAUAUAA